AUGAAAACGGCAAACUGGGAUGAUAACUUCAUCAAGAAGUCAGUUUUUAUGAUAUACAUUGGUGCUAACGAUUACAUGAAUUUCACCAAGAACAACCCUAACGCUGAUGCAUCUGCCCAACAAGCUUUUGUCACAUCCGUGACCAACAAGUUAAAGAACGAUAUUAGCUUGUUGUAUUCAUCUGGAGCUAGUAAAUUCGUUAUCCAGACCCUAGCACCAUUGGGUUGCUUACCGAUCAUCAGACAAGAGUACAACACCGGGAUGGAUCAAUGCUACGAAACUCUCAACAAUUUAGCUAAACAACACAAUGAAAAAAUCGGACCCAUGUUGAAUGAGAUGGCUAGAACUACUCCUGGCUUCCAGUUCACGGUCUUUGAUUUCUACAAUGUCAUUCUUCGUAGGACCCAAAGGAGCUUUAACUACAGAUUUUUCGUGACGAACUCAUCGUGCUGCGGAGUUGGAUCACACAACGCUUAUGGUUGCGGUUUGCCUAACGUGCACUCGAAACUAUGCGAAUACCAACGAUCUUACUUAUUCUUCGAUGGGCGUCACAAUACCGAGAAGGCACAAGAAAGUUUUGGUCAUCUUCUUUUUGGAGCCGAUCCAAAUGUGAUCCAACCGAUGAAUGUCCGUGAGCUAGUGGUUUACCCAGUCGAUGAACCUAUGCCCGAUCCAAAUGUGAUCCAACCGAUGAAUGUCCGUGAGCUAGUGGUUUACCCAGUCGAUGAACCUAUGCGUGAGGUUUGGGUGCCGACAGCGUCAGCCACUGUCCAGGCCAGGGACUCAAGGUCAUCUAGCCACGGUUAUGAGUCCUACUGA